CUCUGCUGGAAUACGAAUAUUUUACCAAAUUUUACAUGAUAAUAUCUCCAAGACCGAGGUGUUGUAUUUCAACAGACCCUCUCGUAGAUCAUCACAUGCGAGAAUAAGACAUCCAUGGAAAAAGGCGGUGUCUUUCAGAGCCUGAGCCCGAGUCAGGGUUACGGCCAGAACCAGCAGCUACAUCAUCAUCAGAAUCUUGGUCUUGAACAUAACGACCAAGGUCUACGCCACAUCUAUCUACGACAUAGCCACGACCACGACGACCACGAGCAACAUCUUUUAGAUCUGGGGAAAAAGCAACAUAAUAUUCUCACUAACGGAUCCUCUCACUACGACACCCCCAACACCUUCACAAUUUCAUCUCCGUCAGAACCCAUCACAACGGUGCGCUCAUCGCGCCGUGAUAAACAUCUCCACUCUACAAUACCCAAUACCUUCUGGCCCUCCGGCUUCAAAGCUCUCAGUCGCAUAGUAGUCGGCGCCGUCCGCUGUUCUGCCCUCCCACCAUUCUCCUUCACCAUGUCCUUCCGAUCCAAAAUCCCAGAGACGCCCCGCGUCAUCUCGCCGAGUCCCACCCCAUCCGAGCGCGAUGCCGCCGAUUACAUGGGCCCCGUUACACGCUCGGCAGCCCGGAGACGGACACCCACGCCGCAACCGCUCGAGGAGGAGCCCGAUGAGGAUCUACCCGAGCCCCCCGAGUUUCGACGCGCCCGAACCCGCAGCCGCUCGCCGAUCGAUACACAGGCCGUGACACGCUUGACGAGGCGCACGAGCACUGCUGCUAAGGCGGGCAAGAUGUCCAAGGACACUAUUCCAGAAGAGCAGACGACGUCUAAUGGGUCGCUCAGCAGUAACGGCAAGGGAAAGUCCACGACAUCAAAUGGUCACCUUGCGCCGCCGCAACCUACAACACCGGUGGGGUGGUCCUGGCGUGACUUUAGCCGAAGUCCCAGUCCCUUGGGCCUUAUUCCCAUCCACCGACACUGGAGAACCUUCGUACACAAGCACGAGGUACCCCGCAAGGUUCUCCACGUGUCGAUCGGUUUCUUCGUUAUCUGGCUCUACGUGACGGGAACUCAGACAACAUCAGUCACACCAUGGCUCAUGUCAGCGCUCAUCCCAAUCGCCGCAACUGACUGGCUCCGACACCGAUAUGCGUCCGUCAACCGCCUCUAUGUCAAGGUCCUUGGUGCUUUGAUGCGCGAGAGCGAGUACUCCGGCUGGAACGGUGUGAUCUUCUACCUCCUCGGUGCCUGGAUCGUCCUCUAUGGCUUCCCCAAGGAUGUGGGUAUCAUGAGCGUUCUUCUGCUCAGCUGGUGCGACACCGCUGCCAGCACCUUCGGCCGACUUUGGGGCCGAUAUACCCCUCGUCUUCGCAGAGGCAAGUCUCUUGCUGGCUCGACUGCUGCCUUCCUCGUUGGCGUCGGCACAUCGUACUUCUUCUACGGUUGGCUCGUCCCUACAGUUGGUCCCUUCCCUGGUGACGAGAACUUCCUCUUCAAGGGCUUUCUCUCAUUGCCCAAGACCAUCUGCGAGGCUGUCGGUGUCUCGAAGGAGCAGACUACCAUCUCAGGUGCCCUCGCCCUGGGUGUCAUGAGCGUGUGGUCCGGCUUUGUCGCUUCCGCCAGCGAAGUGGUCGAUAUCUUCGGCUGGGACGACAACUUGACAAUUCCCGUGCUCAGCGGUUUCGGUAUUUGGGGUUUCCUUAAGAUCUUCUCUUAG